GACAGUCAGCCUGUGUGAGGAAAGGCUGAAACCUAGAGAAGCUGCCCUCCUCGCAUCAGCUCCUGUACCACAAUGUCCAAACCGAAGUUUCAGACGGAGUGGGAGGAAAUUGACGAGGAAUAUCAACAACUACAGGAAACUCACAAAAUAUACCGAAUAAAACUUGAGGAGCUCACCAAUCUCCAGACAACAUGCAGCAGUGCCAUCAGUAAACAGAGAAAAUGCCUAAAAGACCUGAGGCACAGCUUGACCAAGUGUUCAAAAACAUGUGACGAGAAAGAAUUGGAGCUAAUAACGGAUAUCAAAUCACAAAUCAAAGAAAAAGAAAAUGUGUUUUUUGAUAUGGAAGCAUAUUUGCCAAAGAGAAACGGGCUGUACCUGAAUCUGGUCCUCGGCAACGUGAACGUAACGCUUCUCAGCAACCAGGCAAAAUUUGCCUACAAGGACGAGUAUGAGAAGUUCAAGCUUUAUAUGACAAUAAUCCUGAUGUUUGGAGCAAUAACCUGCCUCUUCUUCCUCAACUAUCGGGUCACCGAUGAAAUCUUCAACUUUAUGUUGGUGUGGUACUACUGCACAUUGACCAUAAGGGAAAGCAUCCUCAUGAGCAAUGGCUCCAGGAUCAAAGGUUGGUGGGUGUCUCACCAUUACGUAUCCACCUUUCUGUCGGGUGUGAUGCUCACCUGGCCAGAGGGGCAAAUGUAUCAGAUGUUCAGGAGCCAGUUCCUCGCCUUCUCCAUCUAUCAAAGCUUUGUUCAGUUCCUCCAGUAUUACUACCAGAGCGGCUGCUUAUACAGGCUGCGAGCUUUGGGGGAGAGAAGUCAGCUGGACCUCACAGUGGAGGGAUUUCAGUCCUGGAUGUGGAGAGGCCUCACGUUUCUUUUGCCAUUUCUAUUUUUUGGCCAUUUUUGGCAGCUCUACAACUCGGUGACCCUGUUUCGCUUGGGAGGACAUGAGGACUGUAAGGAGUGGCAGGUAUUUAUGCUGGCAUUGACAUUUCUCGUCCUGUUCCUGGGGAAUUUUCUCACUACUUUAAAAGUCGUCAACCAAAAGGUUCACAAAAACCAGGACAAACUGCAAAAAAAUGACUGAGACAAAAAAAAAAACCUCCUCGGAUCCUUACAAACGGCCAGUAAUCUUGAAGCAACGCACACAAUGGCUCGAUAGACUGACCACAGUACGAUCAGACCGGGAGAAGACGAAGCUGAAGCCACUGUCUCCUCUCAGGCUUUGAUGGCAGCAGCAGCGUCCAGCCAAAGUAUCGGGCCGACGGGCUUCUGCUUUCUAACGACUCUGCAUCGAUGUCGCUGCACAGUCAGUC